CGGAGAAAGUCAUCAUAUUUUAUGAAUCAUAACUUGUUAUGAUGUGGGAGCGCGCGUGGCGUGCAACAGGUCGCCGUACAGUAGCGGGGGCGCGCAUCCCACCGCCGUAUUUCUUUUGCGCUCGUCUCCAAACGUCGGCGGUAACAAGCGUCCGGCCGACGUCUUCGUGCGAUCACAUCGGCACGAAGGCACGAAACAUACGGAUGCGUUGUUCGCACAAAAGAAAUGUUGUUUUGUAAAAAAAAAAAAAGCAAACGUAUUUCAAGCGACCAUAUUCUCGUGUUGGACUAUUUGAGAACUAUUCGAGUUCUCACUUCUGUCUCGUUGACGAAAAUAAGCUCGGUUACGCAACGACGCGCAUGUUUAUGACCUAAUGAUUUUCUUUUUAAUCCUUUGACAUUGUUCGGAAAAUCACAGCUCAGAUAAGUGUCCGCAUGUUCCCACCACAGGGGUUUGACUGUUAAACUCCGUUGUAUCCAAUGAAUUGUCCAACAAAGGAGGGUCAGUUUUUUUUAGUUUUUUUUAUAAUUCAGAUAUUUCAACGUCUGCAUUGGAGACUUGGUUUUGUACCGCUCAGACCUUCAUCUCACACCGGGCGCGUUUUUUUAUUAUUCCGUUCAAGCCCCGGGGGUCGGAGGGGUGUCACAGGGCCAGGGUGGAAAAAAAAUGAUAUUUCCCCUCACUCCGACUGUGUCUUUCUUGCACCAUACGUCUCUCUCCACGUGGUGAGCGGUGAAAGAGGGAGCAUUGUGCCUCCAGUCAGUGGCCUUAUGUGUUGGAGAGACUCGAGAGGGUGAUGUUCACUCAGCUGUGCUGCCUCAACGCCAUUGUUGCACAUUCCGCCCCAUUUCGGCCGCACUGUUUACUGAGCUCACACACAGAGGCCUGUUCUACAGGCGGCGGGAGCAUUGGGAAUCACACACACACACACACACGCGCGCGCGCGCACACACAUUAACAUAUUUGAAAAGGUGUGUGUGCGCGCGCGAGGAGGUGCCCUGUGACAUAGGGUAGUAUGGUUUGGUUUGUCUUAACAUAAUUCAUUUAAGCUGAGCCUUGCAUUUUGCGCCCAUCAGUGCGCACUGUUUCCCCCCCCCCGUUUCGCACAGAAAGAUACACGCCAGUGAGAGGUUUUAGGUUUGUGUAAAUUCAUAUCAGUAAUCGGGGGACCCAUAGGCAAUGGCUAUUAUGAACUUGAGCGUCCGUGUGUGAAGGUUUACUAAAGAGAGGCAGUGGACUCUUGGCUCAAAAGAAGGGGUGUUCACUCGCCAUUUGAAUGCAAAGUAGUGGGUGAACAAGUGAGCUGUGUGUGUGUGUGUGUGUGUGUGUGUGUGUGUGUAAAGAAGAGAAGGAGGGCCAACGGUGAGUUUUGAGAAAAGGGAAACUUGUUGAGAGAAACUGUCACACAUGCCUCUUUGGUUUUUUCUUUUCUCUGCACCACAAUGCCACCAACAUGGACCCGCUUCAAUUCAGACUAAUCCACCUGGAGCAUCCAGUUCCACAUUUCUGGAGAUGAUACUUUUUUUUUUUUCUCCCUUGAAGUAAUUUAGGUACCUACUUUUUUCAGUGUGCAGGGAGACAGAAUAAAACUUGUGUGUUGGCCAAUGCGCCCCUGCGUCAGUCCCAUCCUGCAGAAGCAUGUCACGUCGGAAACAGAAACGACCCCAGCAGCUUAUGAGCCUGACCCUCGGUGCCUGUCGGAUACUUGAGCAUGAUGACCACUUGGCUGUGAAGUCGCAGUCCUUUCCAAUUGGCCCGGAUUCUCCCCUCUAUUCUCCAUCUUCUUCUGCUCAAAGCUCCCAGCUGCUCCUUACUCUCCGUUCAUCUCUCAAGGGGUCCCAGCCCCCCUCUUUACCCACUGAGAGUCCACCAUUAUCUUGUUCACCGAGCCAGCCCUCCCACCAACCCCCCACAGACCCACAGCGCCCCCUCUCACCUGACUUCCCCAACUCUUCUCUCUCUUCUCAAACUCAACAUCCACCUGUGCUUCAACUAUCUGGUUGCAGUUCUACGUCUUCUGCAAGUUUCGUUGGCCACUCUUCCCGAAGUGCACAAAUGGCCUCUCCCAAGUUGGGACUGUCAGCCACCACUACCAACUCUUCUUCUUCCUCAUCAUCUUCUGCCUCUCUAUGUCCUCCACCACAUCCUGGAAGCCCCAGUCGUGUGCCCGAUGGCCCCCCAAGUCCUGUUACUCCCAGUCCCAGUCCAGGAGUGACAUCUGCCUCAGCUGCACCGUCUAGGGCCCAGCUAAGCAUUGCCCUGAUACUGGAGGAGCUGCGUGUGCUACAGCAAAGGCAGAUCCAUCAGAUGCAAAUAACAGAGGAAAUCUGUAGACAGGUACUACGACUUGGUGGAGCCUCCUAUACCAUAGACACACCCUCACAGCAUCUUCUCCCUCAUUUGCCUCAGCUCUGUUUGGAAGGCAGCAAAAGUGCAGCCAGCCCAACUACCCAGCCGACUCCAUCUCAGCCUUCCACUUCAGUAGCCCCUCUCCUGGCGUGUUUCUCCUCCCUACUUCCCUCUCAGGCAGCCAACAAACCCACAAAACCAAGCAGCUCCUCAUCUCAAAUCCUGCAGCCCCAUAAGCCACAGAUGGAAGGAACAGGAGGGACUUCGGGGGUUCAUAGUUAUCUGGGGAUAAGCUCACAAGCCUCUGUACCCCAAACAUCUUCCUCUGCUGCCAUCUCCAUGGCUUCCUCCACUUAUCCAUUAGCCCUGUCUUUAACUCUGCCCAAUCGCUAUCUUCAUGAGAAAUCUACAAAUACCACUUCAAUGAGUGGACAUAGUGGCCUGUCCUUCCUAAACUCAUCCCUUCCCACAUCAGUUUCUAUUGUCCCAAACUCCCAACAUGGUCUGCAGUCUGGUUCUGGAGGAGGAGACUCAUCGCCUUUACCCAGCUCCAACACAAUGGCCCGACUCCAGCAUGCCUGUCGCUUUUGUGGAAAAAUGUUCAGCAGUGACUCUGCCCUGCAGAUACAUUUACGCUCACACACAGGCGAACGACCCUACCAGUGUCCAGUGUGCCUCAGUCGCUUCACCACACGAGGCAACCUCAAGGUACACUUCCUACGUCAUCGAGAGCAAAACCCAGAGCUCUCACUUUCACUCCUGCCACCGUCUUUGUUUGGGGUAGCAUUAGGGGGUACUGGGGGAUCAGAUAUGGGACAGACCAUGAGCAGUGGUAGCAGUAGUAGUGGCAUGAAUAUGAUCCAGAAGAAGCGAAAAAGCAGGCCUGAGGAUGAAACAUGUGGAGAUAAUUUGGAGGUCAGUGGCACCAGUACUAGCUUUUCUCUAGGCGCCUCCGGGGGAUCAACCCCUUCCACCCUACCCCUGCCCCCUACUGUUGAUCUGGCAUUGAUUUCCCACUCUCUCCUGCAGCUGAAUAGGGCUGCAGCUGUAGCCGCUGCAGCCUCUAUCGCCUCUGGCUCAUCCCACUCACCCUCCUCCUCUUCAGCCUCCAUUUCUUCUCUGGCUACCUCCCUCCUCUCGAACCCUACUUUGUCUUCGUCUUCCACCAUCACAGGAUUACUCAAGGGUGCCAAGCAGCAGCAUUUUGAUGAGAACACUCCUCCUCAUGCCCCAAUGCUUUCCUCUGCAGCAUACUCCCAGCUAGCCCACCUGCCUAAACUCCUUUUCCCAUCCGUCUCAACUUCCUCCUCUACCCCUGCUGCACACUCAUCCCUCUACAACCAUCCAGCCUUGAGUUUGCUACGCACACCACUACCCUCUACUCAAGGUUCCCUCCAACUUCCCUCUUCCAGCCAUUCUCAGCUCUCUUUCCCAUUCUCUUCCUUUCCCAAAGUCCCAGGUCAACACUCCACCACUCCAUCCUCCCUGUCUUCCUCAACUCCAACAUCAGAAACCUCCAAGCUGCAGAGGCUUGUGGAGAAGCUAGAGAAGGCUCCUCACCGUUCGUCUUCUCCAUGGACAUCUUCUACUUCCACAUCCAUGCUGGAGAUGUUAUCUAGCAGUACCACUACCUCUUCUGCAAAUUCAGCUAACAGCCGUUUCACAAAUGCCAACACUUCUACUACAUAUGUCAUGGCAUCCCCACCAUCCUCUACUCUCGUCACCACUUCUGUUUCAAACCUCACACAGGAGAUGGUUGCUGCCUUAGGCAUGAGUACCAAUGGAGCAAGUGCCAUGGUGGGUGGCAUGCUACCAUCACUGAACAUCACAGGUCCAGCUGCUAACCUGACAACCAAUCAGUGUGGGGUUUGUCUACGGGUGCUGAGCUGUCCCAGAGCACUGCGUUUGCAUCAGGCAACACACCUUGGAGAACGUCCUUUUCCAUGUAAGAUAUGUGGAAGAUCAUUCUCUACUAAAGGCAGCCUGCGGUCACAUCUGGCCACCCAUCAUGCCCGACUACCAAAUGCACGUGUCCAGAACUCUUGUCCACUGUGCCAGCGUAAAUUCACUAAUGCCCUAGUGCUCCAGCACCAUAUCCGUAUGCACCUUGGAGGUCAGUUGCCCCCAGACGGCACAGAGGAUUCUGCACAUGAGAUGCUAGGUGAAUCUAAUACAAAAACGUUGUCACAAUCGCAACCCCAGUCCACUGAUCCCAAUACUGCCUCCAGUAACACACCUCCUCUAACUGGCCACGGUAAUAGCCCAGCCCAAAGUUCACAAUUUCAAGCUCCAGCAGUUGGCCCAGUCCCUGUCUCUGGCAGUAUGAAAUCCACUGAUUUUACCCAGCAAAAUCCUAGCAAGUCUGCCUCCUGCAGCCAAGACCUCCUCCCCCCCUCCGACCUUAGCCCUGACCCUUUCAUGAAUCCCACAACACAAACUCCAACACCAGACAGUGUUGACCCCCCUGUCCUUGGCGUCAGUGCCCUCUUGCCAGCUUCCCAACAAACAGGUCAAGCUUCCCCAGUUAGUGAAGACAAACAAGUUGAACAAGUCACUGCUGAUGUUGUUCAUCCUAAAUCCACCUCUUCACUAAUUUCUUCCACUGUUACCAAAACUACAGUAACACACAAAACUAUGGUCGGAGACUGUGGAGAUAAUGAAGCAUCUACCUCCUCUAAUGUCUUUCUUGACUCCAGCUCAAACUUGGACAACUUACAAAGCACACCUUCCCAUGUUACCCCCUUAGCUUAUACCUGUCCCAGUAGCCCAUCUGUCCCCUCCCUGAGUCAAGAUGUUUCAAAUGUUAAUGCAACAAAAACCUUGGAAUCAGUCUCAAUAUCCCCAAGGCCUGAAUCACCAGAACCCAUGGAAGAAGACAAAGACCAGUCUCCUCUACCAGUAACACCAAAGCAAGACCCAGCAACAAUGUCUGACGCGGACCCCAAAAAGACAAAUUCGGAGAUUGCAGACACUAUUGGUGCUGAAGUGAGGGGUGCAUCACAGAGAGCUGCCACUUUUGUGAGGGAGACACGUCAGAGCUUUCAUUUUGGUUCGUAUCGGAGGGAAGACCGUGUGGAAGGUGUUAAGAUUAGUGUAUUAGCUCCAAGUGAAGCACUGGAUGCCUCUGUUCCCAUCAGUCUUGCCCCAGCCCUGCCAUCUCCGAUGUCUCGUCCUGAGAAGAAAACCUAUAGCUGUGCUGAGUGUGGGAAAGAGUAUGCCAGUCGCAGUGGACUGAAGGGGCACAUGAAGCACCAUGGUGUAGGAACCAAAACAUCGCGUCCACCAGCCCGGGCUAGUCGUUCCUCUGCUGACCAACUUCCUUCUUCCACAUCUAUGACCUCCUUGAACAUUCCUGCCACCAGGAGCUCAGCAGGGUUCUGGAACCAGUACCAAGCCUUCCUUAACACCAGUAAUGAGCCAAAUGAUGACCCAACUGGACUCCAGGGAGAGAAUGAGUCAGCAAAAUCCCCUGUAAGAUCUCAGAUGGAUCCAAGAGUUUCAGAAGAAGCUGGCGAAGAGUCUAGUGAAGGGUAAUAAUUCAAGUCAACAUGAUUGGCUGGAUGAUGUUUUGGUGUUUUCAAUCAAUGUUUAUGUUUUGGUGAAACUGUAUGGACUUUGCGUAGUACUGCUUCCUUAACAAAUUUCAAGUAGCCUGUCUGUUUGAUAGUCAGAGUAAAAUGUUUCUAUGUGAAAGUUGUGAGUCAAUCAGCUUGGUCUUGUGUUAAAGAAAGAGACAGCUAUUGUACAAAUAAAGAUAAAAAUAUUCUAGAAGUAACUGAGUGGUUCUCAAACUGGAGGGCAGGGGGUAUAUAGCCACUGAAGGGGUUGGGGUAGGGUGGGUUAACUAUAAUAACCAAUAAUUUAUGAAGUUCAGUUGAAUAUUUAUGAAGGGGGAAAAACAAACAAGGGUUUGCUGAUGCUAUCGUGCUGACCUUUAUUUCACUAAAAUUCAAAUUGAAACCCUUUACUUUCUUCCCCUGCAAUUCUUAAUGAUUGAUAAAAAGAAUUUGGAGUGAGGGGCUUUGACCUGUUUUGGCUUCUGAAGGAGGCCAUGCCAGGAAAAGUUUGAGAACCACUAGCCUGGCUCAAGUUCUUAAUAGUUUGAAGCACAUUCUAACAUUUAAAAACAAAUCAAUGUUUGGAUAUGAAGAAAGAGUAUCCCUGUUGUAUCAGUGUUUCAUACCAGACCUGGGCCAAAUAUUUCACAUAUAAUAUUAGUUUGGACUUACCACCAGGUCCAGAUGGUUUAGGACAUUUGAACAAUUAUGAUGCACAUAAGUGAGUCAUCAGAAAGUACUAAAAGAAAAGUUUUCAAUAAUUUAAUGUCGUUGUGUAAUCAUUUUGGUACUCAGUGUUGUACCAAAUCUGAUCUAAUUGGCACCAAAGGAGGCUCAAGCCAACCAAAAACACAUUUAUUUGCAAAUCCUACAAGCUUGGUCUGUUUCAUAUUCAGAAGAUUCUUUCCUUCAGUUAUAGAGAGAAUUGAUAUAAGGGAAAAUUAGAUCGGCAAAAACAAAAUUUUGCCUUACAAGAGAAAACAAGGUCAACAAUAUGAAUGUUUUUCUGUGGGGAAUAUUAAGUCUUUCGUCCCCAUCCUGUGACUCAGAUAAACUACUUGCUUGUGUCAUUGUGGUUUACUUUUCACUGUAUUGUCCUGUCAAACCAGAAGCACAGCUGCACUGUUUAUGAACCCAGUGAGGACAUGGUCUCCUGUGUGACCUCUGACCGUCAGCUUUGUGAAUAUUAUGAUUGUUGUUUGGUCCAAAUGUAUUAUCUGUAACACCUUUUCAAUUACUAAAGUUACUAAAACCUUUAGUUACUAUAUACAGUAUAUCACAAGUCUGUGUCUGUUUGUUGUCAACUGUACAUUCAGUAUCUCCAUAUUAA